AUGCGAUUAGUGUCGAUUUUCGUUUCGCUCUGCAUAAUCGUUUUGUCAUCGACAACGCACUCCGGGAGGACGAUUUGCUUGCUCCAGGGUUCGUGUGUAUUCCGUUCGUACCGAAAUCCCGGUGGUGGUGUAGUUGGGAUUCUGCUUCUCGCUUGCAUCACUCCUGUCUCGUGGCGUUGUUUAGUACCUUACUAUUGGUUACUUCUCGCGUUAUCCGAGGCACACAAAGUGGAAGUUCCAUACACACCUCCAUGCUCGGGUCCUGGUGACGCCAGCAACUUCGACGACUAUGACGAAGAGCCCUUGAGGAUCUCGUCAACGGAGAAGUGUGCAAAGGAGUUCGCCGAUUUCUAACCCGCCGAUACGACCCUACGCACAUUUUCGGGAUGCGGUCGUCGAGCGAGAUUGUGUGAAUUUUUGUGAUUGCAUGCUUUCGUUCAAAAUAGGAGAUUGCGAGUCGUUAUACGUUUCUGGGAGUUUUAUCGAACGGGUGCAUGAAGAUGUUUGACUGGCUCUUAGCAAUCGUGAUCGGGGCCAAGAUGGAGAACUUCGCCGAUGACACAAUUUGCCCAACAACUCGAUGAGUAGAGCGCGAAGAUGCCUGUGAGUGGGAGAAGUUUCAAUUCAGCUUUUUUGUUCCUUCGAUACUGUUGAAUUUGUCAUAAGCACCGCCUAGUCGCGCUACAUUUCCUUUCUCGUUUUGGCGACGAAGAUUGAUUUGAAAUUCGGUGGAAAUGCUGGAAGUAUCUACUGUGAAGAAAGAAGAAUGAUCGAAUGAAGGGAUUCCCGGAAGCAAAGUCGGGGAUGUUUGCGUGCCACGAAACCAAGAGCCUCCAAGAUUCUUUCUGCCAUGGCACAACGGUGUCGAUCACGUUAGGGGCAUUUUUGUUUACCAAUUAAUAUUGUUAGUGGAUGGGUUUUAAUGCUUUCCAUCUUCUUCUUAACGUUGCCCCUACUUGCAGGACUCAGUUGUGGUUUCAUUUUGCCGAAAGGGUUCAUGAGAGAUGCGGUUUUGAAUUGUGUAAUCCCUUUUCUGGCACCCAGGGAAAUCGGUUUUUGUUCAUUUGGCUGUGAACUGCGUCGGGACAGUCUCGUCUCCGCAGGACUCAUGCAGUAAUAAGAUUUCCCAGUAUUAGUCAGCGAAUAACGCUGUGGGAAAACAUUUCGUUUCCGUUUCGUUAUUUGAUUUUUUUUGAAUGGAAGAAAGCUGAGUUUCUUGACCUGCGCAUCAUAUCGCAUUCCUUCUUUCUGGUCCUUCAACGACAGUCCACUCUUGGAACUGCUGACAAGAUAUUUACUGGCUGUGACGCGCAUCCAUUUUUAAAUGUCGGGGUAACCUAUUUCUGGGGAAGGGGGCGGGUUCUUGAUACCCUUGAAGGAAUGGCACACCUAGAUCAUUCGUUGAAGAAGCUGCUGACAUGGCAUUUCUGGGAAGCUAGCAGCGGCAAAAAAUAUAUCCUUUCCAAGUGUGUUCCUGGAUCAUUUCAAAAUGAAAAACCAUUGUUUUUUAUUCCCGUCGACAUGCUAUAGAAACGCUUGUUCGAAGGGCCAUCUGACCAAGAAAAAUCAGAAUUAUAUUGAAGGAAAAAAUAAUCCCAGUUUCUCGAAUUCGACCAAGAAUAUCCGCAGAGAGAUUACCCUAAAAAUGCGUUUGCGUCUUCGUGAUGAUGAGGAAGAGAAGUUUUAUUCCUGGAAUAUUUUAGUUUGAUUUGUGCGCCAUGGAUCGGCACGCCCGGUCUUCAGCAAGUUUUAUUUUAUUUUUGUACGUGAAAAUUGAUUCGGUGUUCAGUUGGCAAGGGCAGCAUUGAAUGCAAAACGCACGAUUCUUUUUUUUUUUUUUUUUUAAUUCCCGUGUGUCAGCUUUUAGGACUUCGCCCGCGGCUCCGACGUUUGAGUCUGUUUCGCUCAAUUCAUCUUAUAGCUUGUGAGGCGUUUCUUUCUGGCCUGGACUUCAGAGAUGACCGGGAGUGGUUCAGGACGGUUUCUACGUGCGUGUUGGUCGUAUAGUGUUAUCGCGUUCGGGCGUAGAAGCUCAUUGCAGCAGAAUAGUAGACUUGACGUGAGAGACUUUUUUUCUGUUCAACUCGAGUAAGGUUUGUAUUUGUUCUCGUCUGUUGUGAACGUUCUACUGUUGUUGUUUUUUUUUUUGCUUUCUUUCUUGUUUUCUGAUGAAUGAUUUGUCAUUACUUGUUCAUUGCUCGAAUCUUUCAUUCGCUGACGCUUAAAUGCUCGUCAGAAUAAUCUAACUUUAUUGUAGAAAGAUGUUUGGACAGUUUCUUGCGUGUGUGAGAGAAGGAGAGAAAGUUGUGUUUUUGAA